AUGACGUGGUUUCAAGCGUUUCGGAACAACUAUGGAUUCACCUCGUAUCCAGACAACAGGUCAAUGGUCACUAUCGACAAACCAGUGGUGACCGUCACGUAUUUAUGUGCUCUUCUUGGAAUCGCAACCCUGAUAGCUACACUGGGAAUCAAGGGUCGUGAG